AUGUCCAACUCCGAAAUCUCUCCCAGCACCAAUGGCGACCAUUCUCCUGCGGAAAACGUCAGUGUAGUACGGAAAGCAUUUUCAAAAGUUGACUUGGCUGGUCACCAUCUUCCUCCGUCCCCAGCACCGUCCAGCCCGCGGACCGGACGGCGGUAUGCACUUGCGACAGAGCUGGUUUAUACAGAGGGGAAUGAUCAGUAUAAAGCCAGCAGUGUACCGAUAUAUCAGAGCGCGACCUUCAAACAAUCAUCCGGCGGUGGUGGCGGUGAGUAUGACUAUACACGAUCUGGAAAUCCUACCAGAACGCACCUCGAACGACACUUGGCGAAGAUCAUGUCUGCACAACGAGCGCUGGUAGUCUCGUCGGGGAUGGCUGCACUGGACGUUAUCACUCGCUUGUUGAAACCUGGCGAUGAAGUCGUCACGGGUGACGACCUGUAUGGAGGCACACAUCGCCUAUUGAAAUAUUUAUCGACCAAUGGAGGAAUAAUAGUACACCAUGUCGAUACGACAACACCCGAAAGGGUGGCAGAUGUCCUUGGACCGAAAACAGCCAUGGUUCUGUUGGAAACCCCAACGAACCCUUUAAUAAAGAUUGUUGAUAUUGCUCGGAUUGCUGCCAUGGCGCACGAGGUUAGCCCGAACGCCUUGGUUGCAGUCGACAAUACCAUGCUUUCUCCUUUACUGCUGAACCCAUUGGACCUGGGAGCUGAUAUCGUCUAUGAAAGCGGCACAAAGUAUCUCUCAGGUCACCACGAUUUGAUGGCGGGAGUAAUCGCCGUCAAUAAUUUAUCCCUCGGAGAAAGGCUAUACUUCCCUAUCAACGCAUCCGGAUGUGGCUUGUCACCGUUUGAUUCCUGGCUGCUUCUUCGCGGAGUUAAAACCCUCAAAGUCCGCAUGGAGCAACAGCAAUCCAACGCUCAACGGAUCGCCGAAUUCUUAGAAGAACACGGCUUCCGUGUUCGAUACCCCGGCCUAAAAUCACACCCACAGUAUGAUCUACACCGAUCUAUGGCCCGCGGUGCCGGUGCAGUUCUCUCAUUUGAAACCGGCGACGUGGCCGUGAGUGAACGUAUCGUCGAGAGUGCGAAAUUAUGGGCGAUCAGUGUCAGCUUUGGAUGUGUGAAUAGCUUGAUCAGCAUGCCGUGUCGCAUGAGUCAUGCUAGCAUUGACGCGAAGACGAGACAAGAGAGAGCGAUGCCAGAGGAUUUGAUUCGGCUAUGUGUUGGCAUCGAAGAUGUGGAUGAUCUGAUCGAUGAUCUUCGAAGAGCGCUCGUUCAGGCAGGCGCUGUAGAUGUGACGCUUGAUGGAUUUCAAGCUACAGGCGCAUAUCCUGAAGGACAAAAUUCAACAGAGGCAACAUCGUGA